AUGCGGUGGAUAAGCCUGGCGUUGCUGUUCUUCAUCAAUCCCGCGGAAAUGCUCCCGCAGAGCCGGGGGAAGAAACAAGCGAGCGCCGGCGUGCUUGGGAACUGCACGGGCUGCGUCCUGUGCUCGGAGGACAACGGCUGCGUCGCCUGCCACCACCGGCUCUUCCUGCUCAUCCGGAGGGACGGCAUCCGCCAGCACGGCGUCUGCGUCCACACCUGCCCCCCCGGCUUCUUCGGCGUGCGAGGCCUCGAGCUCAACAGAUGCACGAAGUGCCGCUCGCCCAGCUGCGAGAGCUGCUUCAGCAGGGACUUCUGCAUGAAAUGCAAAGAGAAGUUUUACUUGCACAAAGGCCAGUGCUUCCGGCAGUGCCCGCCCGGCACCGCCGCCCGGCCCGGCGCCCGCGAGUGCCAAGAGAGAGCCGAGCCCAAAAGCGACGGCAGAGAGAGGCAGGCGGAGCAGAAGGCCGCCUCGCCGGCGGGCGCCUAG